AUGUACAGAGAACAAUCAUCGACAGUUCUAGAUUCUCCUGUGAAUGGUGUUGGUAUUGGACUUGGAGGCUCCGGCUCGUCCUCUAUGAGCUCAAAUUUCAGUAGAAUGGAAAGUAUAAAUCGAUCAGGAAGUAAAACAGGAGCCGUUAACCCAAAGUACUCAGAGUAUGGCCCGACAGUAAUGCAGAUUUUGGAGACUUAUGAAAAUCUUAAACUAAAGGCUCAGAGUAUUUCCAAGAGAAAAUUGAGAUCCUGGGAGGGAGAUUUCUUUUGCCUUUCAUCAUUUCAAAAGGUGUCACAACCAAAGGAUAUCACAGACAGAUUAGAGAAGAAUCUUCGAUACUUUCUGCUUAACUACAUUGUAAUAAUACUGGGUAUGACUAUACUUUCCCUCAUUCUAAAUCCUAUUUCGCUGAUAAUCAUUAUAAUUUCAACCUUCUCCUCAGCUUUUGUUGCAUCUAGACCGACUGAUACAGUGUUGCUACCAGGAGAUAACGUAAUUAGCAAAAAAGUAGCUCUGUAUAUGAUUGCAGGAAUAUCUACUGUGGUUAUUUUGGUAUUCUCAGGCGCCUUAUUAUUUACAUCUUUGGCUGUUUCACUAAUCUUAGUAUGUAUUCAUGCAAUCAUACAUAUUGGAAAGACCAGUUACGACCAGGUUGCAAACCUGGAGAGUGAGGUAUAA